ACCUCUAGCGUGACGUCAUCCGCUCGGCGACAGAAAUCGGGGAAGAUCUUCAGCGGCUCGCUGCUGCUAAAUAACCGAGAGGACCUUAUAUUGCUUAAAUAAUAUAAUGCCUAAGGUGAAAAGGAGUAGGAAACCACCUCCAGAUGGCUGGGAGCUCAUAGAGCCGACUCUCGACGAGCUGGACCAGAAAAUGCGCGAAGUUGAAACCGAGCCACAUGAGGGCAAACGUAAAGUCGAGUCCCUGUGGCCAAUCUUCCGACUUCAUCACCAGCGCAGCCGGUACAUUUUCGACCUCUUCUACAAGAGAAAGGCCAUCAGUCGAGAGCUCUAUGAAUAUUGCAUCAAAGAGGGGUAUGCAGACAAGAAUCUGAUUGCCAAAUGGAAAAAACAGGGCUAUGAAAAUCUGUGCUGUCUGCGGUGCAUUCAGACGCGCGACACAAACUUUGGAACAAACUGCAUCUGCAGGGUCCCCAAGGGCAAGCUGGAAGUGGGUCGUAUCAUUGAGUGCACUCACUGUGGAUGCAGAGGAUGUUCUGGAUGAGUCAAGACGGCUACAACUUACUGAACUUUGAUUUGUAUUUUUAAUACAGUUAUUGAGGUGUCAUUAUGAUGUUGGAUCUGUAAAAAUGAUAUGAUUGUGUAUGCUUUGCUUUUUUUAUUAAACUGUGAUGUAUCUUAA